GCCCCGCGGUGCGGAGGCGUCAGGGCGGGAGCGGAGCCAUGAGCGGGCACGACCUGAUCGAGACCUUCCGGGCGCAGCUGAGGGACGAUCCCGAUGUGGCCUCGGCCGUGGCCGCCAUCCGCGUGCUGCUGGGCUUCCUGCGGCAGGACCGAGGGGAGACCAUCCAGGGCCUGCGGAGCAGCCUGCUGGCCGCCAUCGACACCCUGUCCGGGGUGGACUCCUCGGUGGCCGUGCGCUCCGGCGGGGAGCUCUUCCUGCGCUUCAUCAGCCUCACCUCCCUGGAGUACUCGGACUACUCCAAGUGCAAAGAAAUCAUGAUUGAGCGCGGGGAGAUCUUCCUCAGGAAAGUCUCUCUCUCGAGGAACAAAAUCGCCAAGCUGUGUCAUCCUUUCAUCAGAGAUGGUGCUCAAAUACUGACACAUGCCUACUCAAGGGUGGUCCUCAGAGUGUUGGAAGCAGCUGUUGAGUCAAAGAAGAGAUUCAGUGUUUACGUGACUGAGUCACAGCCAGAUCAAGCUGGGCAAAAAAUGGCAAAAGCCUUGAGGAAGCUGAACAUCCCUGUGACUGUGAUUCUGGAUGCUGCAGUUGGCUACAUUAUGGAGAAAGUGGACCUGGUGUUAGUUGGUGCUGAAGGUGUAGUUGAAAGUGGAGGCAUUAUUAACAAGAUUGGCACUAAUCAAAUUGCUGUGUGUGCCAAAGCUCAGAAUAAGCCAUUUUAUGUGGUAGCAGAAAGUUUCAAGUUUGUAAGACUUUUUCCUCUAAAUCAGCAGGACGUCCCAGACAAGUUUAAGUACAAAGCAGACACUCUGAAAACAAAUCAGAACCUGACAAAGGAGCAUCCCUGGAUUGACUACACAUCACCAUCACUAAUUACAUUGCUGUUCACAGACUUGGGUGUGUUAACUCCAUCAGCUGUCAGUGAUGAACUGAUUAAACUCUACCUGUAACACAGGACUUUGUGCAGGAGGCAUCAGAUUCUCCAGUGACUGUCACAGCUGUAAGAACUUGGGAGGUGAUACAAGUUACAUGGAUGUGGGAAGGAGGUGACAUUAUAAGGAUUCAUUUAAUGAUCAGCCUUCUUGAGUUUUUAAAGCAAAACUCCAUGUGGAUGGACCACUAUUAAAAAAAAUUCCAAAAUUCACCACAGCUUCUAAAAACCUAAAAUAAAUUAUUUUACAGAUGGGUGGAGUACUUGGAUACUGUAAAAUAAAAUACAGUGUAUUUAGACCCAUCCUGAGAUGCUGUUCCUUCCUGAUCUGUGGUGUGUACCUGAAAAAAACAAAGAUGAGUGAGUGCAUGAGGCUGCUACUGGAAACCUGCAGCUCCAGCCACACCACAUGAGUGAGUGGUUGGCUUUGAUCCUAACUGCAGGCUUGCUUGAGUCUCUUCAUGGACACCAGGUCUCUUCAUGAAGAAAUAAGUUCAAUUCUCUUCUCUGCACCAUUGCUUUGUUAUAAAAAUACAGUUUUAUUGAAAUAGGCAGUGUUUUAAUGUAAAAGUGUGGUCAAAAUUAACUGUCAACCUUCAGACUCUAAGUCAGCAACAGUUUCUGCUUUGAGUUUACUCUGGCUGCCUGUUAAUCUCUUCUCAAACUCUUCUUCACUAAUUUUUCCUUUUUUUAAUCUUUUCAAGAGUCUUGUGUCAUUCAGCAGCUCUUCCAUAUCUUCAUCUUCAAUAUCAGAGCCCUGUUGGCAGUUUGAAAAACAACACAUUAAACACAAUACCAAAGGUUUUUCAUCCUAUACAGAAGUUUACAGCUCAGAUUUUGCCAAGAGACUUCAAGCAGGAAAUAAUACUCAAUUUCUACCUAGGAAACCACCUUGAGAAACUUGAGAAUUGAAAAUAAAAACAAGGUGGGGAAAAAAAAAACACACUUUAAAAUCAGCAACUUUCCAACAUCAUGCUGGAGCUCUGAGGAAAAAAGCCUAUAGUGGCAGCAUUACUGGCUGCCAUCAGUGCUGAGGAAGUUGUUUUAGUGUUUAGCUUUAAAAAACUCUAUAACCUUGUCCUUUCAAGGUCCUAAAAAGUUAAUUUACAGUCAUCAAUUCCAUCCACCUGACAUCCCACAGCUCUGCCAUGUGGAAGUUUGUACCCAUCCUGCAGUAACCACAUGUGGUUUGGCCCAACAGGCAGUUUUUACCUCUUCACGCUUCCUUUUAGCUGUUACUUUCUUCUUCUUCUCCCUCUUGGCUUUCUGCUUUGACCAGGCUUUGUUCUUUGUGAAAUUCUUUUUCCCUCCAUUUUCCUGUCUCUCUUUUCUUUGCUGUUCUAAUUGCUUUUGUCUCUGUUUUUCUCUAUUUUUAUCCUUAAAUGAAAUGGAGUCUGUAUUAACAGUGACCGGAGUAAAGUCUGGAAAACAUUUUCCUCUUAGUUCAGGCAUCUUUGGCAUUUUUAACAAUGCAAAACCUUUGGCAAGGCUAGCAAAAUCCAGAUCUGUUGAGAUAAAGAUGAUAAUGUCAGUUUUCUGCUGGAUAAAAAUAGAAUUUCACUUAGCAAGUCACAGAAAAAAAGAUCUUAUUGUCUUGUUUGCAUUAUAUACUUAAUACUAGUAACAAUACUAAGUCACUUUUAUUUAU